UUAUUUUUCAGUCACGCAAUCUGCGGGUAUUUGGUCAACAAAUAUGGGAAAGAUGACAGGCUCUACCCUACAGAGCCUAGAAAAAGGGCACUCAUAGACCAACGCCUACAUUUUGACAGCAGUGUAUUGUUUGUAGCAUUGAAGACCACCGUUCCCUUCCAGGGGUUUUACUGGACCGACAGAUUUGCCGGACGAGCCAGCGUAGUGGGAACCGUGCCAGUGGUAGGAUACCCGAAGCUAACAGCCUGGUUGAAGCGGUGCUCGGAACAAGAGUUCUACCAAAAGGGAAACGCGAAGAACAUCGUUCUGUUUCGAGAGAUGAUUAGGAACAAGCUGGGUGCUAAUUAGCGAAUAUUAUUGUAAAACAUGAAUAUUG